AUGAAUGCGCUUUCAGAUUGUUCAAAAAAUUAUCAAAAAACAGCUACUGAAUUCACACGUAAGUUUCCUAUGAAAACAAUACGGGAUGUGAAGGAAAAACGAUUGGCAGAAGUAGUCAAACAACAAUUAAGUGAAUGUGAUCUGAAGUCAAGAAGCAAUCACUGGCAAAUACUAAUGAAAUUACUUCCAGAUGUGAAACUUUCGCCAAGCGAAGAAGAGGAAUGCAAAAAUGGGCUUAUCCAAGAACGCAUUGCUUGCGUGAAUCUUAUUUCUUACACAUGUCAAUUCAUCAAACGUGAUUACAAAUUUCGUUUAGUCCCAGCACGUGUAAUUAUGCAGGAAGCACGUUUAGCCGAAGAUGGGGCAAACAAAUGCUCAAAAGUUAUUCGACACAUCAAAAAGCAUAAUUUACCAAAGUAA